AGCACCGCAACCCCUCCACUCACGUCGCGAUCCGCCGCAAAGUCCACAUGUUUGCGCCUCGCAAUUUGACACGCUGACUGGAACUUGUUUCCUUGAUUUCUGGUCAGAAAUAUACUCUUUCUUAGCGGCCUCUUCCUGUCGCCGUUCCUUUCUAGUUUGCUUACACGCACGACCACUCCAACCUUUAGACGAAAUCUCUGAAGAGCUUGCGACUGCGUUUGGCGAUCCAUAGGUCGCCCAAACUCGUACGUCAUGCCUGAACAGAUUCUCGACGACAUUUCUCAUCGUCGCUACAACCCGCUCAAGGGCUCGUGGCUGCUCGUCUCUCCACACCGGACGAAGCGACCCUGGCAAGGUCAGCAGGAAGCUGCGGCGGGGACUUCGCUGCCAGAAUAUGAUCCCAAGUGCUACCUCUGUCCUAGAAACCCCCGUGCGCAAGGGGAAGCGAACCCCGAUUACAGCCAGCCAUUCGUCUUCGUCAACGACUACAGCGCCGUCAAAGAACAGCAGCAGGACUACAAGGAGGAGCCCUCGGAAAAUGACCUUUCCUCGCUCCUUCUCCGCGCCGAGGGCGUAAAGGGCAAAUGCUUCGUCCUCACUUUCUCGCCAAAGCACGAUGUUACCCUCGCGGACAUGACUGCCGAGCAGAUCGUCCCUGUCGUAGAGACAUGGACACGGAUUUACGCCGCCUACCUCGCCCCGACGAACCCCUUGUCCGCCGUUGCCGCCGAGCUCGAGCUCCUCAAAACCCCCGCCGCGCCCGAGAGCCAGAUCGGCCCGGCGACACAACAGCUGCGGUACAUGCAGAUCUUCGAGAACAAGGGCGCCGCGAUGGGCUGCUCUAACCCGCACCCGCACGGACAGAUCUGGACGACGACGACGAUGCCCGAGGAGCCUGGCACGGAGACGGUGCAGAUGUCCAAGUACCGUGCCGAGCACGGAGGGCGCCACCUGCUGGAAGACUACGUCAAGCUCGAGCUCGAGAAGAAGGAGCGCAUCAUCUACGAGAACGAGACGUUCCUGAUCGUCUGCCCGUGGUGGGCGUUCUGGCCAUACGAGACCCUCGUCAUUGCGAAGCGUCACGUGCGGGCGCUCGUCGACCUCACGGCGCAGGAGCGUCUCGACUUUGCCGACGCCAUCCAGGAGAUCACGCGGCGGUACGACAACCUCUUUGAGACGCACUUCCCGUACAGCGCGGGCAUGCACCAGGCGCCUCUCGAGGGCACCGAGGAUGAGAUCGAGAGCAGCUGGUUCCACAUGCACUUUUACCCGCCGCUGCUGCGGUCGGCUACCGUCAAGAAGUUCCAGGUCGGAUACGAGCUGCUGGCCGAGCCUCAGCGUGACAUCACGCCAGAGCAGGCCGCUGCUAAGCUCCGGGAGUGUGCCGGCGAGCUGUAUCGGAAGAAGAUGUAGUCAGGCAUGCAGAUUGAUCUUGCUCGAAUAGAAUAUACCGAAAUA